AUGAGUGAUGAAACCCAGCCGCCCCUCCAGGACCACGACGAAGGGAGAAGUAGCCAUGAGUCUAUGCGAGAAAUCCUGCAUGAAGAAGAGGUGGACGUUGCGGAAGCUGAAAGGACUUUUGCUGAACUCCGUCGCCAGCUCACUCAGGCUUCCUCUUUGCAUUUAGCCCAGGAGGGUAAGACGGAUGGUGAAAAGCAAGACCCGGAUGCCACCUUUGAUCUGUUAGCCUAUUUGCGCGGCACCGCUCAAUCAAGGGAUGAAAACGGCAUGCGUCCCAAGCACUUGGGUGUGAUCUUCGACAAUCUAACGGUGGUCGGGAAUGGAGGUAUCAAGCUACCCAUCAUCACCUUCUUCGAUGCCCUCCGGAAUUUGCUCCUGGCGCCGGUGAUGCCCAUCAUCAUCCGCAUGACCAAGCCCCCGCCCAAGACGAUCCUUCACCCGAUGAGUGGCUGCGUCAAGUCUGGGGAGAUGUGCAUGGUCCUCGGGCGGCCUAAUAGCGGUUGUACCACAUUCUUGAAAGUAGUCGCCAACCAGCGGGUCGGCUUCAAAAGCGUCGAUGGCAAUGUGACUUACGGCGGUAUUCCAGCCGAUGUGAUGACACAACGAUACAAGGGAGAAGUCGUGUACAAUCCGGAGGACGACGUCCACCACCCUACAUUGACGGUUUACCAGACCUUGAAGUUUGCUCUGCGCACCAAAACCCCGGGCAAACUACUUCCAUCAGUCACUCGGGCGCAGUUUGUUGAUCAAGUUCUUGAUGUUCUCCUGAAGAUGUUGGGGAUCAGUCACACCAAAAACACUUUGGUCGGUGAUGCGUACGUACGAGGUGUCUCUGGUGGUGAGAGGAAACGAGUAUCGAUUGCGGAAAUGAUGGCAACGCGUGCUUGCGUUCUUUCCUGGGACAACUCUACCCGAGGUCUCGAUGCCUCGACGGCCCUCUCAUACGCCAAAUCGCUCCGCAUUAUGACGAACAUCUUCCAAACAACGAUGUUUGUUACUCUGUACCAAGCGGGCGAAGGAAUCUACGACCAGUUCGACAAAGUCUUGCUACUCAACGAAGGACGCUGUGUGUACUUUGGUCCAGUGAAAGGCGCACGCGACUACAUGGUCUCGCUGGGUUACAAGAACCUGCCUCGCCAGACUACGGCCGACUAUCUCACCGGAUGCACGGAUGAAAACGAGCGGCAGUUUCAAGACGGCAUCGAUGUCUCUCAGGUGCCCAAAACGCCCGAGGAGAUGGAGCAAGCAUAUCUCAAUAGUGAGACCUACCAACUGAUGGAGCAAGAACGGAUCGAAUAUGGGAAGUUCUUGGCCCAAGAGCAGCGAUUCCAGAACGACUUUAUGGAGGCCGUGAAGGGUGACCAGGGCAAGGGAGUCAACCCCAAGUCACCAUACACGGUUUCAAUCUUCUUUCAACUCAAAGCACUCAUCAUCCGCUGCAUGCAACUUACCUGGCAAGACCGGCAGUCCUUGCUCUUCGACCUGGCAACUAUCAUCGUCGUCGGGAUCGUGCAAGGGACUGUCUUCCUGGACUUACCCACGACCACUGCUGGAAUCUUUACACGGGGAGGAACGAUCUUCUUGGGGCUCUUGAUGAACGUCUUCCUGGCCUUUGUCGAGUUGCCGAAGCAAAUGAUGGGGCGGCCAAUCAUGUGGCGACAAACAUCAUUUUGCUUCUAUCGACCAGGAGCGCUGGCAAUGGCUGACGCCAUCGCUGAAAUCCCCUUCAGCUUCCCGAGAAUUUUCAUAUUCUCAGUGAUAUCGUACUUGAUGCCACACCUUGCGCGAAGCGGCGCGGCUUUCUUUACCUAUGUCAUUGUAGUCUACAUGGGUUACUAUUGUAUGAGCACGCUUUACAGGUUCCUCGGUGCGAUCUCUUUUGACUUCGACACCGCAUCACGUCUCGCGGCAUCUAUCACGAUCCUCAUCUCAACCUACUCGGGUUACAUGAUCAGCAAAAGUAAUAUGCAAGAUUGGCUCCGCUGGAUUUAUUACAUCAAUCCGGUCAACUAUGCAUUCGCGGCCCUCAUGGCCAAUGAGUUCGGGCGGGUCGAUUUCACUUGCUCUGGAGACUCGAUCGUUCCCCGCGGAGACGGCUAUCCAAGUACCGUGGGCCCGAAUCAAGUCUGUACUGUGGCAGGAGCGCGCGCUGGAUCUCAAAUUGUUCGUGGGGUGGACUACAUGGAAGCUGCUCUGGGAUUUCGAUACGGGAAUAUUUGGAGAGACUUCGCGAUUGUCUGCGCGUUCACUGCGCUCUUCUUGGUCUUGCUAUUUGUCGCUGUUGAGAAUCUUGCGCUUGGGGGCGGGGCGCCAGCCAUCAAUGUUUUUGCGAAGGAAAACGCGGAACGGAAAGCGCUGAAUGAGAAGCUUCAAGCGGAGAAGGCUGACUCGAGGUCGGGAAAGAAAAAACUGAGCAUCGCUGCUGGCGGUGGCAAGCGUCUGCCGUUCACUUGGGAGGCGCUCUCAUACGACGUGCCGGUGCCUGGAGGCCAGCGGCGGUUACUAAACGAUAUUUAUGGGUAUGUUCGGCCUGGUACACUCACUGCGCUGAUGGGCUCGUCGGGUGCCGGAAAAACGACGCUCUUGGACGUCUUGGCCAAUCGGAAAACAAUCGGUGUCAUAUCGGGAGAGAUUUCUAUCGGUGGGAGGAAGCCCGGUGCAGCGUUUCAGCGUGGCACGGCUUACUGCGAGCAACAAGACGUGCAUGACUGGACGGCUACGAUCCGAGAGGCCAUGCGAUUCUCAGCCUACUUGCGCCAACCGUAUGACGUUUCUGUGGAGGAGAAGAAUGCUUACGUUGAAGAAGUGAUCCAGCUUCUCGAGUUGGAAGACCUAGCAGACGCCAUGAUUGGAUUUCCUGGAUUUGGGCUGGGAGUGGAAGCCCGGAAACGGCUGACGAUUGGCGUGGAGCUUGCAGCUCGUCCUGAGUUACUCUUGUUCCUUGACGAGCCGACGUCCGGACUUGAUGGCCAAAGCGCUUACAACGUUGUGCGAUUCUUGCGCAAGCUCGCCAGCGCCGGCCAGGCGAUUUUGUGCACGAUCCACCAACCCAAUGCUCUGCUGUUCGAGAACUUCGACCGAUUGCUGCUGCUGAAGAAAGGCGGGCGCUGUGUGUAUUUCGGAGACAUCGGGGAGGAUUCGAGGGUGAUUGGCUCGUACUUUGCACGCAAUGGGGCCGUCUGUCCCGACGACGCCAAUCCAGCCGAGUUCAUGCUCGAAGCCAUCGGUUCUGGGAAUUCCGCGCCGAUGGGCGGGAGCAAAGAUUGGGCUGAUCGAUGGCUCGAGUCUCCAGAACAUGAAGAGAACAAGCGGCAGAUCACUCUUUUCAAAGAGCAGGCGUUGCGGGAGUAUCCGCACGACGAUGAUGAGCCCGAGGAGUUGACGUACGCCACGCCGUUCAGCUACCAGCUCAAGGUGGUUAUCCAGAGGACCAACUUGAGUUUCUACCGGAAUGCGAAUUACGAAGUGACCCGUCUCUUCAACCACCUCGCGGUGGCCCUGAUCGACGGCUUGACCUACCUGCACCUUCCAGCCUCUGUGAUUGGGAUUCAGUACCGCAUCUUCUCGAUGUUCACGCUGGUUGUCCUGCUCCCCCUGAUCAUGGCGCAAGUCGAGCCGGUGUUCAUCUUUGCCCGACAGAUCUAUCUGCGAGAAGCGUCUGCGAAGAUGUAUACGCCGGUUGCUUUCGGGAUCUCGCAAACGCUGGCCGAGGUGCCCUAUUCGCUGGUUUGUUCGGUGGUGUUUUUCUUGGUUUGGUACUAUCUGCCCGGUCUCCAGAGCGACAGUUCGCGUGCGGGAUAUGCUCUCAUGAUGGUGAUUGUCGUCGAGCUGUUUGCGGUGACGGGCGGGCAGGCGAUUGGCGCGGUCUCGCCGAGUCUGUUUGUUGCGGCCCGGGCCAACGCCCCCUUGGUUGUUCUUUUCGCUCUGUUCUGUGGGGUGACCGUGCCGAAGCCGAAUCUGCCCCAGUUCUGGAGAACAUGGAUGUAUGAGCUGAAUCCGAUCACCCGGGUUGUUUCGGGGCUGGUUGCCAACGAGCUGCAUGGCCUGGAGGUGGCCUGCUCCGCAGAGGAGUAUGCGCUCUUCCAGCCGCCGGGCGGGCAGUCGUGUGUGCAGUAUGCGGGUGGGUUCGUCGCCCGGGCCGGCGGCUAUCUGCUCGCGCCGGAGGCCACCUCGGCCUGCCAGUACUGCCCCUACCGCACCGGCGACCAGUACAUGGCCCCGCUCGACCUCGACUUCGCCAACCGGUACAGAGACCUCGCCAUCCUCGUCGCCUUCAUCUGCUCCAAUGUGCUCAUCAUCGCCCUCGGAUCCCGCUAUCUGACCCAUCUCUAUGCCAAGCGAUGA